GUCACAAAUCACAAUGAAUGUUACAGUUCAUAAUAUUUAUGAAAUUAUCAGAACAUUCAGAACCAAAGGACAAUCAAAAUAUAUAGUUCUAUAAAUUUUGGGUGUAUUAUUCAUGUGCUUUUUAUUCAACAAUCAAAUUAGUGCUUCUGAUGUAUAUUGAAUAAAAAUAAAAUGAUGGUGCUUUACCUUCCUUAAAUCAGUAUAAUGUGUUAAUAAAAUUAAUAAAUAGAAUUUGCACUUGAAGAAUAACAAUGAAUAGUAAAAUUUUAAAUACUUUAGCUAAUGCAAUUGAUCCUAAAGAAGAAAUUAUGAAAAGAGCUGAAACUGGAAAAGUAUUACUCAAUGAACUUUCAAAGUGUACACAAAAUUGUCUCAACCGAUUUGCUGGAAGAUCUGAAUUGGCUACUGAAGAUGAUCUCAGAAUAAUACAGCUGUGUGAAAAAUGGGAAGCCAUAUUAAGACAUGGAAUAAGAACAAAUUUGUCGAACUCAACCAUACAAAGCUUGGUGACUGCAGGUUUAAAUUUUACAUUCAAUAUUGUAAAUAUAGGCAACUCAUUAUGGAGCUAUACAUGUUUGCAUUUGACAAAACAUGAAAAAGAAAGAUUUAAAAUAUUGUCAAACAUAAACACACCCCUUGGAUAUUUUAGAGCAUUCUUAAGGGCUUCCUUAAAUGAAAGAUCAUUUGAAAGAUAUCUGCAAAGCUGGGUGGCGCAUGGCUUAUUAAUGGAAUAUUAUGAAGAAGGGGCUCUUGUGAGAGAUUCUGAAGCUUCCUUGAAACUUCCUAAUAUUGCAUCUGGCUUAUCAUCCAUUCUAUUUGCGUUAUCAAUUGACAGACCUGAGUUGAAUGAAUCACAACAGUCAAGUCAAGUAGAUAAAGUAGAGCAUGUUAUACCACUACCGACACCAGUCAAGUCCUCUGGGAACUUAAAACGGAAACCAUUACGUCAAGUUAUAUCAUUUGAUAAAAAUGAACGGAAGACUCAGAACAUUGAUCAUAGUAAAGAGAUACACUCAAUCAACAGCAAAGAUGAUGCAAUGUGGAACAGUGCACCGGCAACUUGCCUUAAUUCUCCUGAUCCUAAAAUUGUGCCUCAAAUAUCAUCAACAAGUGAACCUGCAAGCUCAGAUUUCAAAAGUGGUUUCAGACAUUUCUUUCCUGAUAGUGUGAAAGGUAUAGAAAGUCCUUCACAAAUUUUAACAAAACUUUCUGAAUGUGCCAAAGAAAUAUUUUCAUCUUCAAACAGUAUAGAAACAAACAAUACUGCUAAAGAUGAUGCGUCAGAAUUGAGUGUUAACAAUUUAAAAAUAUAUGAAAGUGACAGUGAGGAAGUAGCUGGUAGUAUUGAUGGAAGUACAUCGUGCUUGGAACUUUGCUUCACUGAAGAUGAAAGUGCACCAGACGAUAAAUCAUUACUUUCCUUGUUGGAAAAUAAAGAUAAACAAAUUUUGAUGUUACAAAUGAAAUGUAGCCAGUUAGAAGUAGCAAGCAAAGAUAAAUUUCGAAAACUUGAAAAAGUAAUAAUAGAUCUCACCAAAGAAAACGACACGAUAAAGGAGCAGUUACGACAUUACAUGUCCGCUGUGGAUAUGGGCAAAGCUCUAAGGAAUAAUAAUGUUCGGGAGGAAGCAAAUAAUGACAACACUGAUGAAAUAAACCAGUAUGAAAGAAAACUUGUUCAGGUAGCCCAGAUGCAUGCAGAGCUGAUGGAGUUUAACCAGCAUCUGGUGCAGAGGCUACAAGAAUUGGAAAGCACAUGUGCCCUCGAACUAUUAGAUUACCCUGAGUCUAAUGUUAAGGCUCAUAUUCCCAGUGCAUUUUUAGUUGGAAAGAGAACACACUCCUUUCAUGUUUAUCAAAUUUUUCUAAAAGUUGGCAAUGAAGAAUGGAGCGUCUACCAUAGAUAUGCGAAGUUCCACGAACUUCAUACGCAGUUAAAAAAAUGUCAUCCCGAUAUAGCAACAUACAAAUUUCCACCUAAAAAAACCUUAAGAAAACGGGACGCCCAUCUAGUCGAGCAGCGCCGCCUAGCGCUCCAGGCGUACCUGCGGCACGUCCUCCUCGUGCUGCCCGAGCUCAGGGAGUGCACCAGCCGGCCGCAGCUCGUCACGCUACUGCCUUUCUUUGGCACCUCCUCGACUUCCAAAGAAAAUGGUGUUCACGACGUCCUCGAUCGACAACACUCAAGUGACUCUGCCUCAUCAUACAAUGUACUUUGAUAUGCGUAUGUCUUGUAUGAAUAUUUCGAAAGAUAAGAAAACUUUUUUUUUUCUAUACAAUAUGGAUCUGUCAACGGUCUCUUGACUAAAUCCAUUCCACGGUAGCAACGCUAGAACACUGUAGAUGUAUUGUUAUGUAAGUGUAAGUAAACAGUAAAUGUACUAAAUACAAUAACCUUUUUAAAAACAUUUAACAUAAUUUCUAUGUAUUUAAUAUCCAGUAUUUUAAAAUUAAUAUAUUGUAAUACUAACUCAAUAUUAGGAAAUCGAAGAUUCAAUAUAAAGUAUGUCCCAUUGAGGUUCAAACUGUUUGUAAAAAGUCCUCAGAGAUAAAGUAAUAUCUCAGUACGCUAGUGCUCCAAAGUCAUCUUGAAUCUAUACUACAAUAUAAUAAGUACAGUUAAAAUUUAUUGUUUUUGUUUUGCAUAUUGAAUAUCAAUCAAAUCACUGUGCGUAACUGCACAUCAUAAUGUAACGUAGCAUCUUACUUUCUAACUAAACAAUUUUUGUUUAAUCUUCAACCGAUUACGAAAAAAUAUAUUUAUGAUUAUGAGAACGAGAAAUUACAUUGUUAAUUAAGUAUUAUUGAAUAAUGUACAAUUGUGAUCGUGUGCAAUAUGAAUAAUUAAUGAACAUAAUAAUUUUAUUUUAUAUAGAAUGCGUUGAAAUACUUUGAAAUAACGCCUACCGCUUUAUGAUCAAUUCCUUUCAUGGAAUAUAUAUUUUUUUAUUCUCAAUGCAUCAAUAUUUGUCGUAUUUUCAUCGGUUUUCACGAGUCGUAGACAUAAUUAAUUAUACUUUUACGGUUUAAUCUCGUGUCUUUUACUGUCAUUAUAUUAUUCCCAAUGUUUCGAGUGCUUUACAUUUUUCGUGAAUAUUUUGGAGACAUCUCCAAAACAAUCCAACAAUC